CAUCUGAAAUUUAUUAUUUACGCACAGUUCAGUUUUAAUUAAUUUAAAUGUGUUGUGCUCAGUGCUAUACAUAUUGUUGCUUGAAAGUUUCAUAUUGCACAUAUUGAAUCGGCAUUGAACACGACCUUCGUCAAUAUAAACCUUUGGAGAAACUUGUUUAUAUCGUGAUUGUGCAAGUACCAAGAAAGUAGUGCAACCGGCUUCGCAUUCUUAAAAAUUUAAUAUUACAAUGUCGAUUCAAUGGUCAUUUAUCGCAGGCUAUCUUUAUUUUGAAAUAGCCAUAGUUACUGUACUGAUCCUACCAAUAUUUAGCCCUAGAAAAUGGCAUACCUUUUUUCGUUCUCGAUUAUUCUCCAUGUUUCAACAACAAGCAGCUGUAUAUUUCUAUGUUCUUCUGGGAGUUCUUGCGCUAUUCUUAAUGGAUGCCGUCAGAGAGAUGCGUAAAUAUUCUCACACAACUGAUCAUGUUCAUCUUACUAAUGAAAUGAAAGGUAAUGUUAAAUUAUUUAGAGCACAAAGAAAUUUUUAUAUUACGGGUUUUACGAUAUUUCUUGCAUUUGUAAUAAGGAGACUUGUGACCAUGAUCAUUAUACAGCAUGAACUUGAGUUAAAGGCUCAAGAAAUAAUAAUAAAGGCUGAAGACACUGUGCAAAUGGCUAAGUCUACUCUUAUUGAACAUAGAAUUGAAGAUGCUUCAGACAUAGCAGUAUUGACACAUAAGUUUACGUUGACUAAGGCAUUAUUAGAUGAACAAAAGUUAAGAGUUCAAGAAUUAGAGGAAGAAGCUACAAUGUGGCGGUUAAAAUAUGAAGAAAUGCAAGGUCACAAAAAUGGACAAGGAGAUGAAUAAAAUCUAACCGCCAUAACCAAGUGGGAUUAAUUAAAGUAAAAGUAUUUAAAUGCCACUAUAACAACUCUUACUCUAGUGAUAAAGUGGUUUUCUAUACUAGUACUGUAAUUUGUUUUCUAUUAUAUGAAAUGCUGAGUUUAUUUUUUUGUGCCACAUUUACUUAAACGUUAUGUUAUGUAUGGUGCUGAAAUUCUUAUAAAUGUAAUAAUAAUACUUUAUUUAAUUGCAUUGUAAUUGCAAUUAUGCCUAAAAGAUACUAUGUAAGUAGGUUUAUAACUAAAACUGGUUUUUUCUUUGUUUUAUUAAUAUAGAUUAUUUUAUAUGC